GCCUCGCGUCCAUCUUUACCGCUCUCUCGGACCUGUCACAAAGGAGUCGCGCCGCCGCCGCCGCCGCCGCCCCCUCCCUCAGGUGCGCCGGGGAGCCGGAGAAAGUCAGUGCCGCAGCCCUGCCGCGCUGCUCCGGGAAGCCCCUGGGAACGCGGAGCUGGGGGAGCCCGAGGGCUGGGGACGCCCGUGAGGGAGGGGGCCAGCCGCCCGCGUCUGCGGCUGGAGACCGGACUGGGGCCGCGGGAGGCUCCGGAAAAGGGGCGGGGAAGAGGAGGCUUCGGGCAGAGCCCGGGACGCAGCCGGAGGUGCUCCACCGAGGCCCACGCUGAAGGCGCCCGAAGAGGUUCCUGAAAGAGGGUGUUCCGCCUUUUGGGGGUCUUCGCCGGAGCAGGUUCUUGGGGUUGCCUUUCUGAGGAGGCCGCGGCCAGCGGGGCUCAGAACUGCCACUGGAUGACCAGGAUUUCCUGAAGCUGAUAAUGUCGGAAAUCAGCUCAGCCACUUUCUUUGGUAUUCAUUCAUUAGAAACAAAUAGGAUGCAAGUUCCUCAGCUCUGGAUUAUGAAGACAGAACUUGGAAAACUGAAAACUAUCUAAAUGAUUGUCUUUGGUUGGGCUGUGUUCUUAGCAAGCAGAAGCCUUGGCCAGGGUCUGCUAUUGACUCUUGAGGAACACAUUGCCCACUUCCUGGGAACUAGAGGUGCCACGGGCACCAUGGGGAAUUCCUGUAUCUGCCGAGAUGACAGCGGAGCAGAAGACAGCGCUGACACCCAGCAGCAACAGGCUGAGAGCAGUGCGGUGCCUGCCGCUGACACGAGGAGCCAACCCCGGGACCCUGUUCGGCCACCAAGAAGGGGCCGAGGACCACACGAACCGAGGAGAAAGAAACAAAAUGUAGAUGGGCUAGUGCUGGACACUCUGGCAGUCAUACGGACUCUUGUAGAUAAUGAUCAGGAACCUCCUUACUCAAUGAUUACAUUGCAUGAAAUGGCAGAAACAGAUGAAGGAUGGUUGGAUGUUGUCCAGUCUUUAAUUAGAGUUAUUCCGUUGGAAGAUCCAUUGGGACCAGCUGUUAUAACGUUGUUGCUAGAUGAAUGUCCAUUGCCCACUAAAGAUGCACUCCAGAAAUUAACCGAAAUUCUCAAUUUAAGUGGAGAAGUAGCUUGCCAGGACUCAGGACAUCCCGCUAAACACAGGAACACAUCUGCGGUGCUAGGCUGCUUGGCUGAGAAGCUUGCAGGUCCUGCAAGUAUAGGUUUGCUGAGCCCAGGAAUACUGGAAUACCUGCUACAGUGUCUGAAGUUACAGUCCCACCCCACAGUCAUGCUUUUUGCACUUAUCGCUCUGGAAAAGUUUGCACAGACAAGUGAAAAUAAACUGACUAUCUCUGAAUCCAGUAUUAGUGACCGACUCGUCACUUUGGAGUCCUGGGCUGAUGACCCUGAUUAUCUAAAACGUCAAGUUGGUUUCUGUGCCCAGUGGAGCUUAGACAAUCUCUUUUUAAAAGAAGGUAGGCAGCUCACCUAUGAGAAAGUGGACUUGAAUAGCAUUAGGGCCAUGCUGAAUAGCAACGACGUCAGCGAGUACCUGAAGAUCUCGCCUCAUGGCUUGGAGGCUCGUUGCGACGCCUCCUCUUUUGAGAGUGUGCGUUGCACCUUUUGUGUGGACGCUGGGGUGUGGUACUACGAAGUAACAGUGAUCACUUCUGGUGUCAUGCAGAUCGGUUGGGCCACGCGAGACAGCAAAUUUCUCAAUCAUGAAGGUUACGGCAUCGGGGACGAUGAAUACUCCUGUGCUUAUGACGGCUGCCGACAGCUGAUUUGGUAUAACGCCAGAAGUAAGCCUCACCUACACCCGUGCUGGAAAGAAGGUGAUACAGUGGGGUUUCUGUUAGACUUGAAUGAAAAGCAAAUGAUCUUCUUUUUAAAUGGCAACCAGCUGCCUCCUGAGAAGCAAGUCUUUUCAUCUACUGUAUCUGGAUUUUUUGCUGCAGCUAGUUUCAUGUCAUAUCAACAAUGUGAGUUCAAUUUUGGAGCAAAACCAUUCAAAUAUCCACCAUCUCUGAAAUUUAGCACUUUUAAUGACUACGCCUUCCUAACCGCUGACGAGAAAAUCAUUUUGCCGAGGCAUAGGCGUCUUGCUCUGUUGAAGCAAGUCAGCAUCCGGGAAAACUGCUGCUCCCUGUGUUGUGACGAGGUAGCAGACACACAGUUGAAGCCAUGUGGACACAGUGACCUGUGCAUGGAUUGUGCCUUGCAACUGGAGACCUGCCCACUGUGUCGUAAAGAAAUAGUGUCUAGAGUCAGACAGAUUUCUCAUAUUUCAUGACACAUGUGAAGAAGCAUCAUGGACUUAUUUCUACUCAAUUCCAGCCAAUCUUGAAAAGAAAAA